AACAGCAAGAAAUGGAAAUUUUUCAUCUUUAGGUCUUCUCUUCCUAUUCCUUUGGAAUAUUUUAAUUAAUUCAUUCGUCUCCGGGUGUAAAUUUUUAAAAUGUUAAUAGGAAUUGAAGCUGUAAAUCGUGGUUAAAGUCCACAGUCUUAACAAAUUCAUAAAUGACAAGUAAUUUAUUCCAUUCCUAAAUAAUUGUUCCCGUAUUUUCUAAUUUAUUUUUUAGUUACCUAAUCAUUCCAUAAAUACAUUCGAUAGAAUGUUUUCGUGAACAAAUUAUUGUGAAAGAAAAUCUGUUUAGAAAAAAAAACGUAUGUGUUGUAAAAUAUUGUAGAAUUAUUUUAGUGCAAUAAUAACGAGAAAAAGGAAUUAAGAAUGUCUUCACAAGGCGGCGAAGACAUAUUUCGGGACUCCUGGGUGCGAUAUCUUGGGUACUCCAAUGAGGUUGGUGAGUCGUUCCGGCCGGUGCUGCCCGUUAAGGUGGUGCGUGCCAGCUACGGGGUAGCCUUUGCUUACGUGCUGGCAGACACGGCUGACAAGAGCUGGAAAAUGGUGCAAAAAGAUGGCCGUCCAAAGAACGUGCUUAUAGAGACUGGAGAUGCACUCAUUUGGCAGACUUUAGCAUCCAUCGUCAUACCGGGAUUCACCAUAAAUAGAUUGUGUGCCUACUCCCAAAAAGCUCUAUGUCGUUACAACAAAAUCCCUGUUGGAGCCAGGAACAUCAUAACAGUUUGCAUCGGACUGGCGUCCAUACCGAUCAUAGUGCGCCCCAUAGACAAGGGAGUCUCCCUGCUCAUGGACGCCACCUACCGGAAAUGGGUUAAAUAGUAUUCUAAGUUUUAAAAGUCAAAUUCAAUAUUAAGUGUUCAAUAUAUUCGUUAUAUUUUAUUAUACAUAUAUAUGGAGCUGUUAGUAUUUGUUGAAAGUUGUCAAUGCUAGAUUUAAUAUGAACAUCUAGAACUAUCUAGAAAUUAGCCAAAACUAUGAAAGUCAACAUGAAUAACUGUGAUUAAAAAUAUUUUUAGGCCUUACCUUUAUUUGCAGAUUUUGUCUAUCAAGUCUCAGUAUUAUAAACGCUUAAAUUGAUUUUAUUAGUAUUUUAAUAAAAAAAAUACAGUAUUUUUUUUUUAGAUAUUAUGUCUAAUUUUACUUAAUCUAUGAUUAUCUAGUGCACAAUAUAAUAUACAUUUUGAAAUUACAAUCAAAUUAAAAAAAUAUAUAUAU